AUGUGCCAUGGCUGCACAAUCAAGAACGAUGAACACUCCGUUGAGGCUCAAAACAAGGGCUUCAAGCUACUCAAGGCGUUGAGAUGGGAGGAAGGAAAGGGACUUGGAAAAAACAAGAGCGGACGCGUUGAUCCGGUGGCUGUUCUUGGCAAAUCGAAUCGAGCUGGUCCAAAAUGCGAUGCAAGAAGAAGCCAUCAACUAAAAAAGAUGGGUGUUGUUCGAGAAGGUGGCACAAAGAAGCAAGCGAAGCGCAAGAGAGCUGCAGCAAGGUUGCAAAAAAGAAUGAAGCGAGGACGUGAAGUGGCUGUUCUUCGCAAAUCGAAUCGAGCUGGUCUUGGAAUGCGUUGCAAGAAGAAACCGUCAACUAAAGAAGGUGCAGACGGACACGUUGGGCUGAUGGAUGUUAUUCGAGAAGGUGACACAAAGAAGCAAGAGAACUGCAGCAAGGUUGCGAAAAAGAAUGAAGCUAGAACGGGAAGU